ACAACAUCAUGUCUUCCAGAAUGAUAUCAGUGUGGAUUCUUGUGGUCUGCUUCAGUUUCUUUGUGGCAACACCAGCCGAUGGAAAGGGAUACCAGCUAUGGAUCAAUCAUCCAGAUGGAUCGGCUUUUCGAAGGGAAUCGGUGACCGAAGAUGCUGAGGGAAACCCAGAAGUUGAAGGAGAAAUCCGACAAAUGUUCCCUGCCCCGCAUGAAGGCUUGCUGGUGCUCAGCUAUAAGACCGGAUCAGAGGGCUAUAGGAUUCGGUAUUCCUAUAAGGCAGACAGUGGGAACACUCCACUUCCGAUAGUACCUAGAAACGAAACACUCUCGGUGAAAAGAAUCGGAGUAAACGCUCUUAAAUCCACAGCAGGCUGAAUAAA